AUGCCUGACAUCUUCCUCAUUACAGGUUCUCAUGAAACGCUUCUUAUUCGAUGUAUUACCGCUUUCUAUGGUCGUUGGGCACUUUUUGUGGCGAAUCAUACGGUCAUCAUUAUCGUCCUCUGUACCCUUCUGACUCUCGUCGGUACCUACAAAGUUAUAACUACUCCGAAUGAGAAUGACAUCACCGGCUACACACCCUAUGGGGCGCGGGCACGCGAUGAGCUCGACGUAGCGGGUGAAUUCUUCUCGAAAGGUGGUAGCAGUAUAUCUGUUUUCGUGUUGAUACUGCCGAAAGAUGGUGGAAAUGCUUUACGGGAAGACGUUUUGACAGAAGCUGCAGAGGUGGAGCGGAUACUCACGACAAACUUCACGAUUUUGAAUCCACUAACAAAUCGUUCAGAAUCGUACAGGGAAUUUUGCUUCAGUUUCUGCCAGAUCAACGAGCCCUUCAUGCAAUUCGUGAAUGGCUUCAUCCUACAAAAAUCCUUAGCCGAAGGAGGUGUUGCAACAAAUGAGAGGAUUGAAUUGGCAUAUCCAAUCAGUACAUUCUACAAUCGACGGAUGAACAUUCAGCCACACUUUUUCGGAUUGGAGUUCAGUGAAAACAUAACCGAGGAAGCGGAAGCAACGGAAAAUUCGACAGCUGUCGUAGUAGUGAAACGAAAUCCGAAAUUGGUUUCAGCCAAGAUGCUAGCACUUCAAUUACGAGCCGAACGGAAAGAAGGAUGGACUACACAAAUGGUGAAAGAUUAUGAGAACAGCAUCACAGCAUUCUUUGAAGGAGAGUACAAAUCGCCAACGAUACGAAUCCUCACCCUUUCAACGACAUACGUUGAAAAUGAAGUAGUCCGAGCAGGAAUGAGUCUGCUACCGUUCUUGGGUGUCGGCUUUGCCAUUAUGGCAUGUGUAUCGUCAUUGACAACGUUUAUGAGCGCAGCAUUCAUGGGUCAAACUAGUAUUCAUAAGUUCGCCUUAGCCAUCAUGGCCUGCAUUUGCCCAUUCAUGGCCUGUGGCACUGCUCUCGGUGCCUUGUUCUUCAUCGGAGUUCGCUUCGGCUCCAUUCUAUGCGUGACACCGUUCCUUGUUCUGGCCAUAGGCGUAGACGAUGCCUACUUGAUGAUUCAUUCAUGGCAAAGAAUCACAAAGGAGUUGAGAGAGAACCCAGUCAAAGGAGAUUGCGCUGCUUAUCGACUAGCUCAGGUCCUAUCAGACACUGGUCCAGCAAUCAUGAUCAGUGCUCUAACGAAUAUGUCAGCUGAUGCUGUUGGAGCAUUUACGAGUUCACCAGAAAUCACAUUACUCUGCUACGGUAAUGCCGCCUGUAUACUCUGCGACUUUAUCUAUCAGAUCACUCUCUACAGCGCUGUGAUGGUCCUUGUAGGGCAAUUUGAAAUUGACAACGAACGGAAUUACACUCUGACUCAACGACUCGAAUGCGGUGGGGAAGAUGUCGCCGGCAGCUUGGACAAGUCAUCAAUAUUGUCGUUCCGAGAUCGAUUAAACGACGGGUUCAAUUAUUUUCUGGAUAACUACGUCAGUGUUGUAACCAAUAAAGUAUUCGAUCUGGCCAUGAUCAUUGUUUGGGUGAUUUUCCUGUUGAUUUCCAUAAAGGGUAUCACGCAGAUGCCAAUCAAUCUGACGCCGAAGAAGCUUUUUUCGCUCGACUCUUCUCUUGUUGAGAUGGACAACUAUCGAGUAAAGUACGUGAUACCGUAUUUCACUUUGGCCACGGUGUUCGUGAACAAACCCGGCAAUCUAUCAGAUCCAGCUCGUGUGCAACGAUUAAAUGACUUUGUCGCCGAGAUGGAAUCACUACCUGGUGCCUGGGGAGCACCGAGCUCGAACUAUUUCAUGAGAGAUUUCAUCGAAUUCGAAAAAGGCAUGAGCGAAAUAGAAGGCGAAGAAGAAGCUGAAGAGACUUCCGCUCCAAGAGAUCCGAACACUUUGAACUUCAAGGACCUAGCAUCAUUCCUUGAAUGGCCUGAAUACAAGUACUGGAGAGGUUUUUUGCGGUUCAAACCCAAUACUACGGAACUGGAGCGAUUCUUCUUCACUACGGCUUAUCACGGAGAAGAACUCCGGGAGUGGGUAAGAAGAGAUCAAAUGCUGAAAGAGUGGCGUGAAGCUGUAGAUAAAUAUAAGCCAGAGUUCAACGUCAGCGUAUACUAUGAUGAUGCUAUCUAUUUGGAUUUGAUAGAAAAUAUGCCAACAGACACAUGGCAGUCUGGUGUAGCCACCAUAUGCUGUAUGGCUAUCGUAUGUUUGAUAUUCAUGUGGGAUCCGUAUACGGUCGUGGUAACCACAGCCGUCAUUGCAAGAAUUCUCGGCAUAUUGUCGUGGACAGGAACGGAACUUGACCCAAUCGUCAUGGCAGCUCUCAUUAUAUCUAUCGGAUUUUCAGUGGACAUACCGGCUCACGUCUCGUUCCAUUACUAUGCCGCCGCCCUUCAGGCAUCACUUAGCACGAGUCUUUGCGUACUAGCUCUGCUAUUGGUUUCCAUCUACAUGUCUCAGGUCUUUGUCAAAACGAUGAUCAUAUGCAUGACGCUGUGCGUAUUACAUGGUCUGCUACUGAUCCCCUGUCUGCUCAGUAUUACCGAUCCAAUCGUCUCCAGAUUACAACGUUCCUAA